AGUAGUGAUUCGACAUGCGUCUGCUGCAAUGACUUCUCUUUCAGAGAAGAGUCCGGCUAUGGAGGUUGAGAAUGCCAAGGAACGUAAACCGAUUAUCAUGGAUGCUGUUAAUACCACCCAAUCAUUCGCCAAUAACUCUAGAGAGCAACCCCAAUUAGCCCUCGACGGUACUACACCAGAGAGCAAUCACAGUUCAUUGAUCGCAACGAAUAAUAUUGCAGCUGCUCAUGAUCAAGGGUUUCCUGCAGAUAUCGAUGAUGAGUCAAACAAUUUCAACAGCAACAGCAAGAUUCAGGAACUAGAAGUUCUUUCCACAUUCUCUCCUGGGUUCAGAUUCUGCCCAACAGACGAAGAGCUCAUCGUUUUUUACUUGCAGAAGAAAGUAUUGAACCAGCCCCUGCCACUUAACAAAAUCGUGGAGGUUAACCUAUAUGCAUAUAACCCAGAUUUUCUUGCAGCAAAAUACGAGGAUUAUCAAGAAGAUCAAUUAUACAUUUUUACCCCAAGAGAUCGAAAGUAUCGAAAUGGAAGCCGGCCAAAUCGAGCGGCUGGUGAUGGAUAUUGGAAAGCCACCGGAGCUGACAGGCAAAUCAAAUCCAAUGAAACCGUAGUUGGGUAUAGGAAGUCAUUGGUUUUUUAUAUAGGAAAGGCUCCAAAGGGUGACAAGACCGACUGGAUUAUGCACGAAUUUAGAGUUGAGGAUUCACCCUGUACAAAAAGGGGCUCAAAUGGCAUGAGGUUGGAUGACUGGGUCUUAUGCAGAAUUUAUAAAAAAUUUGUUAAAUCAACAAAAACGCAAACUGAAGAUGACUUUCAUGCGAUGGUUGGUUCAACUUCUCUGCAAGAUGAUCAUGAUGGGGUGGAUGAUGAGCAUGUAGAUCAGAUGAAUUGUGGAAUUCUCGAAGGUGCCGCCAUUGCUGAUGUUGAAGUACCAAUAAUAGGCGCCAGGGAUAAUAUGCAGAUCACCACUAGUACCUUUCAAAAUGGGUUCCUGCAGCCAGAAUCUGCUGCUCAAUGGACUAACGCUCAUGCUCUCGGUAUAGGGGCUACUUCCAAUGGCUACUUCCAAGUAGUGGGUGGGAAUUAUUCAAGUCCUCCUCCUCUUCCUGCCACGAUGGUUCCACCUAUUGGGUUUAUGUCCAACUGGGUGUACAAUUCCACAGAUCAGACAGUCUUUGGGUCUAACUAUCUAAAUGAACCGAGUGAAUUCCAAGAUAUUUCGUGGAUGAGUUUGCCAUCGCAAUUUGAUGGUAGCAGCGAUGGCUUUCGCCAAGAGUCUAAUGAGCAUCUUCCCGGUAGUUUCCCAAAUAUUAAUCCUGAUGGCGGUGAGGACUGAUCUUUAAUUUGUCAAGGGAACUUGGGUACUAUUACUGGACUUGACGUUUAGGAUGAAUUAGUUUUGGCAGCUUUUAGUACGUAUUUGCUUGACAUUUUCUACGGAUUGUAGAUGGUUUCAAUUAGGAAUACAGAAUGGCUAAUAGCCUAUGUACUUCGAUAUUGAAGAUUCAUCUCUGCCACAUAGAGCUUUCAU